GCUUUAAGACAAUUUUUCAUCAACAAAGCAAGUGUCUUUUCUUUCACGAUUUUCCCAAACCUACGGCAUAUUUCCCUGUCGUCCAAUGAACUCAGAAACCAUGAGUGUCCAUUAUUACAUAUUAAAUAUUUACAAGGGAUGGAUUUAUCCAAUAAUCUGUUUAGUUCUAUUCCUAAAUACUGCUUGCCAAACUAUGCAGACUCUCUGAACUUGUCUCGCAAUAGAAUCAGGAGUGUCAAUAAAGAUUCUUUUGGAGAACUUAAACAGCUCUGGGUACUGGAUUUGAGUUACAACCAAAUUGUGUCUUUCGAAUUCAGUGCCCUGGAACAUCAGAAGAACUUGGUAAUUCUACAUCUUGCAGGCAAUCUACUGACAACACUUGAUAUUAGUUUUUUGUCCUUUUCUUUGAAGUCAAUAGUAAUAGAUUUACAAGAUAAUCCUUGGUUAUGUGAUUGUGACCUGAUCAUGGCUGUCCGUAUGCUGGAGUCCUGGAUAGAUGAUCCUGUUGUUUGCAGUCAACCUGCUGGUUAUUCCAACUCUAGUUUAGUUGAACUGACCACGUCCAAUAACUUCACAUGUCUACCUCAACUGUGUUCUCAGCCACUGCAGACACUGUUGACAUUCAUUGGUGAUCAGUCCGUCGAGAUACCUUGCCCAAUCAUCACCUCAAAUCUGUCGGAUAUCAUUCACUGGUCAUUUACCUCUCAUAGGCAACAACUGCCCUCUAUUGGUAGAGAACUGCCAGACAGUGUUUCUGUCCUUCCUCACAAUGCCCUCUUUAUUGAACAUGUCAGCCUGAACCUGACAGGGACCUAUACCUGUUGGAGUGAGAAUGGGGCUGGGCGGACAAAAUUCAUGGUGAACUUGCUUGUAGAGGAACGAUCAGGGACGGUUCAGAAACUUAUGGAGGACAAUGCAUUGACAGUGUUGGCCAAGAAUUGGAAGGAAACGCUCUCCUGUGGUAACUCUGGAAGCCGUAAUAUUGAUAGAUCAAUUACAAGAAUGAUAUCGUCUUUAUUAGUAGCCCUCUGGCAGCUGAGGGAAUGGAAGAAAAAUAUUUUAAUUUGAAAACAAAUGGGAUGAGGGUAAUUUCUGUUGCCUAAUACAUGUUCAUGUGUCUGGGAGGCGAAUGAAUCAAUGUAUAAAAAAAAAUUGAAAAGGAAAUGUUGAUUAUUUUCCCCCUAUACAAUUGUGCUAUAAUGAACACUUAGCGAAAUCAAAAAUACAAAUGUCUUUUUCUGAGAAUGUAUUUUAAUCUUUGUUUUUAUUGAUUGUUUGUUAUUAUUCAAACCAUUUGUAUGGUUCUUAUUUUUGUGAGAGUUAAGAAAUAUUAGAUUGUACCAAUGUACGACAUGUAUACUGUAUAUAUCUAUCUAUCUAUCUAUUUAUCUAUCUAUAUCUAUCUAUCUAUCUAUCCUAGUUUAAGAAUGAGUCAAGUUCUUAUCAUAUUGAUAAUUCCAAAACCUUGCUGGACACUUAAUUUUUAUUUAUUAUGUUAUGUAGAUGUAAUCAAUCUUUCAUUGUUGAUUCAAGACAGUCUCUCUUUAACAGAGUAAGCAUAUUUAGAACUCAACUAAUCAGGGUACUAUUGGAUAAUUCGUUUUUCUGAUUCUGUCACGACACAGAAAAGUCCAAAAUUCCUUUGUCAUUUCUUAAUUAAAAACAAAAAAUUAAAAUCACGAAGCAAAAAACGUGUGGCGGUUUCGUUUCUGGUGUUAAAAAAAACAAAUCAGAAAUCAGAGAACACAGAAUAGAAAAAAACUCUUUCUGAUUUAUAAUUUGUGUUUUUUACCACCAGAAA